UUCCCUUGAACCCGACCCGAAUUCUUUACUCAGUCUUUCUUGUUCGACCCUGACGCUCAAUCUCUCGUCUCCCUUCGUCAAUAACGUGCGUCUUCUUCUUCGGCUGAGACCAAUCUUUGCAGGUCUGAAACCAUAACAGAGGACCAAGAACAUUGUUGCGACCAUGGCCAAGCAUCACCCUGAUCUGAUCAUGUGCAGGAAGCAGCCUGGCAUUGCAAUUGGACGACUGUGCGAGAAAUGUGAUGGCAAAUGCGUGAUUUGUGAUUCCUAUGUGCGUCCGUGUACUCUGGUCCGUAUCUGUGACGAAUGCAACUACGGGUCCUUCCAGGGACGGUGUGUCAUAUGUGGAGGAGUGGGAAUAUCAGAUGCUUACUACUGCAAAGAGUGUACACAACAAGAGAAAGACAGGGACGGCUGUCCGAAGAUCGUCAACCUCGGGAGUGCGAAAACCGAUCUGUUCUACGAACGUAAGAAAUAUGGGUUCAAAAAAAGAUGACGGGUGGUCUUGUUCUCGUUCUUGCACGGGGCAAGAAAUCUGAUCUGUUCUGCAAACUAAUCUUAUGCUCGGUCGGUUAGUGCCUUUGUUUACCCAGUUCAGAGAUCUGAUCUAUUCUACAAACUAUUGGAAUACGGUUGCAGAAGAAAAAGGGUGAUGAUGGGUUUGUUUCUUUUUUCCUCGUGUCUUACUUAUAUAUGGAACGAACCUGUUGUGAUAUCUGUGGUUGUAUUAGUGUGUGCAUGACAGUGAAAUGUGGUUGGCGUGAAACAGAAGUGGCAUUUCAAGUGUUGGAUUGGAUGUGUUGCUUCUAUUGUUCAUCGUGUUUCUUUGCAUCAGGUCA